AUGAAGACUUACGACCAGCACCAGGCUUAUUUUGAAAAGUCAGAUAACCAGAAACGGGUUUCAGCGGCGCACGUUCCAUUAAGAAGCUGCCCUAAGCACUGUUGGUGUUGCGGAGAACAAGGGAUAACAUCUACUCCUGUUCAAAUCUAUCUAUCUAUCUAUCUAUCUAUCUAUCUAUCUAUCUAUCUAUCUAUCUCAUCUCAUGCUCGGGCAACAUUUUUCGAGCAAGACCAAACGGGCCGCAUUUUGCCCAUAACUGAUCUAUCUAUCUAUCUAUCUAUCUAUCUAUCUAUCUAUUUCGGCCGAUGUGCCCACCAGCCUUCCUUAGCUAUGGUAGCCCUCCUUCUUUACCUCUUCCGUUCCUCAUUUCUCACUCUUUGCCUCCCCUUCUUUCUUUCCUCCCACUUCUCUUCUACUUCCUCUAAACAAGCACACUUCAUUAAACACAAAAACAUGCGCAUCGUUGUUAAAAUCUAUCUAUCUAUCUAUCUAUCUAUCUAUCUAUCUAUCUAUCUAUCUAUCUGGCUUACAGCCACACCAUGGGCCUAUAUAUUUGGGUUUAUUACCAUAGUCCUUCUUUCCUCGUUUUAA